CGCAUCUCUUUUACCGAUUCUUUAUUCACGACAUCUACGACGAAUACCGAUAUCUAAUUAGCCCAACAUGGCAAUGGCACUCCAAAUCGCGACCUUCGCCCACCAAUGGUGGUAUGCGUCGUCCAAGCCCGCGCAGACCUCGCAGAACCCGCUCCGGAUGGGCAUCCUCUCCACCGCGAUGAUCAACUCGGCCGCGGUCAUCCGCCCCGCCCAAACGCACGGCGACGUGCUCAUCACCGCCGUCGCCUCGCGCGACCUCGCCCAGGCGAAGCAGUACGCGAAGAAGUACGGGAUCCCGAGCGCGUACGGGAGCUACGGCGAGCUGCUUCAGCAGCCGGAUAUCGACUUCGUGUACAUCAGUCUACCGAACGGUCUGCAUGCGGAAUGGGCGAUGAAGGCGCUCGAGGCCGGCAAGCAUGUGCUCCUGGAGAAGCCGUUCGCCGACAACGAGAUCGAGGCGGAGCGCGUCGUCGCCCUCGCCGAACGGACAGGCCUCGUCCUCAUGGAAGCCUUCCACUGGCAAUGCCACCCCGCCGCGCACGCGUUCAGGGACAUCGUCAACCGGCCAAAGCACGGCAGGAUCCUCCGCACGUACGCGCGCAUGACCUCUCCCGUGGGCUCCAUCCCGGAGAGCGACAUCCGUUGGCGAUUCGAUCUCGGCGGCGGCUCGCUCAUGGACAUGACCUACGUCGUCUCCGCGACGCGCUUCAUCCUCGACGCCGGCGCCGCGUCCUCCGUCGCCGCCGCGAAGGCGCGCCCGUUCCCCAAGGACCCGCGCGUGGACGAGGCGAUCGAGGCGACGCUGGUGUUCCGGCACGGCUCGGCCGAGGGCAAGGAAGGCGAAUACGACGUCACGUCCGAGAUUUAUUCGGAUAUGAAGCGGGCCAACGUCGGCUUCGUCAUCCCGCGUGUCUGGGAGCUGCCCUCGAUCGAGGUGGAGACCGCGAACGCCAAGAUCUACUUUUACAACUUCAUGAUGCCGCAUCUCUACCACUACAUCGCCGUCACCGACAAAGAAACGGGCGAGACGACGUAUCACAAGGCGUACAAACGCUCCUCGUCUACGGGCGAGCACGGCGACGCGUCCUGGUCGACCUACCGCUGGCAGCUCGAGUUGUUCGUUGACCGGCUCCGCGGACGCGAGCCGGCGCACUGGGUGACGAACAAGAGCAGUGUCGACCAGAUGAAGACGAUCGACAUGGUGUACGAGAAGGCGGGCUUGCCGUUGAGGCCGACGACGAGCUAUGGCGCAUGAGCAUUGAAGCGUGGAGCAUGAUUGUUUUGAUUCUGAUCAUCUUUGCUAAUGCUAAUCGUAUAAGAUCGAGCAUCGACGAAUGUAUAGUAACCAUAUCCCUAUCGAUGGAAUAGUCUG